UCUAGGAGCACGAGCUCGCCAUUUUAUUUGGCGCCACAUUAAAGUGUUCGAACCGGACAGCAACUCGGCUUGAAUUUAUACUGUGCGUUUGCGUUUUGGCGUGUACGUGCGUGUGUCUGCUUUGGUGAAAUUCGCGCGCUUUUGUGUCGCCUGUUUUUGUGUUUAUAUUGGCCCAAUGGCUUAGAGCGGCCCAAAACGAUUAAGCAAACAAAGGCCAACAGCAAAGUACACAAAGGAUAGUAACUGUCUUAACCCAAUCGAGGGGUUUGAGUUGAGUUGCCUGCAAUUUGUGGCCAUAUUGAUCAACCGAUGUUGGCGUAAAUUCAAUUGAAGGCUUAAUUAGACAUUUAAUGAGCGCCAGACAACAAAAGCUGCUCACCAGACACAACACACUGUAGCCAAACAAAUGCUUCAACAGGCUAUCAGAUCGAGACGAGCAAACUAAGCAGUUAAUCAGCUCUGAAAGGACAUUGUGUUUACGUCGGCAACCAAGGGCAAUAUAACAGCUUGAUAAGAUGGCUGGCGGCGGCAGAACUGCCGGCAAAUACGGUUAUUCAGACAGCAAUUAUUACAGUGGUCAUUCCUACAAGAGCAUCAACGACGAAAUUAUAUUGGUCAGCAUUAUCAUGGGCAUAACAAUUUUGGUUCUAAUCACCAUUGCGCUGUGCUACAUUGCGUAUGAGAAAUGCCACAAGAAGCGUGAAUAUUUUAUCAAUGCCUAAAGCCGCAUCACAACAACACCAACACGCGCUGUUGACAUUAUUUUAACAGCCAAAAAACAAAAAGAAGAAUAGCGCAGCUGCCCUACAAGGUCAAAUGUCAAGCGCGCCUGCAGUUGCAACAAUGUUGACGUUGACGAUUUAGUUGGCCUGGUAUGGUGAGGUUCAUAAGCACAAACACACACUCACACACACUCACACACAUACUCAUACUUAACACACAUGUCAGCUGCCACACGCGCUGAAAUAUACUCAAAUUUUAUGCUGUUUAAGCAUUCUUUCCACAUUUCGUAAUAGAUAUCCAUAGUUAAGGUUCGUAUUGACUUUGACAGAAAACUGACAAGCAAUUUGCAAAUGUAGAGCACAAAACUAUAAUCCCUU